AUGCCGCGACGACUGCUUCCGAACGUGACGACACCCAAUGUCUCCGUGCUGCAUGGGAAUGCUACCUUUGCGCCUGCGACGCAAGCCGUCCUAUCGCUGCCGCCAUUGGCCACCGCGGCCCCCGAGUCCAGCAGCGUCGUCCUUCUCUUGUACGCAGCGCUCUUCGUCAUCCUCCUCGGCUCGGUGCUCGUGUGCUACUUGCUCCGCCGGUCGCCCCCACGUCGUCGAUCGACCGGACCAGCGCACAUCGCGGCGUCGCCGUACUAUGAUCGCUUCGGGCCGCUGACGCCGCCGACGCUCCUCGAAGAGGUCCAUGGUCCCUGCACCGAGCCAGAGCUGAGCCCUCUCGACUCGUCGCCGUCGUCCUUGCAUUCGGACGGCGAGACGCCAGUUUUGCAGGACGAAAAACCGCGGCUCGUGAGUGUCGAUGCGCCGCCCGCUUGCAUUUUGGCGCAUGAAAGGUCAGAGAGUCGCAGCUGCACGCCGCCGUUUAGCACCCGCGUGCCGUCCUUCUACACAUCGCGCUUCACGGACCAGUCGCUGCGCUACUCGGUCAACUCGGAGGCGUCGAGCGACCGCGACACGUCGCUUUUUGCCACCGUGCGCGACAGUCACCUCUUCAAGGACUUUAUGGGCAGUCCGUCGUCGCUCGCGUCGUCCCGAGGCUCGUCGAUCUUGUACACGCGUAGCAGCUCGGUGCUCAACGCACAAUUUUCCGUUUAA